GGGACGGAUUAGAGGGGGAACCCGGAAGCGGUGGGCUGCGUGGCUUCUGAAAGAGAGAGAGAGAAGCGGAGCUUGAGGGAACGUGUGCGUGGUGUUUGCGAGGAGACGGGAGGGUUUACGGAGCGCCGCUGAGAGCAUCACGAAAAGCGAAAAGAGGAGAAAGCAGCAUGACUUUAAACCUAACUGUGAACAGCGGUAAUCCGCCUUUGGGGGUGCUGCUGGCCAUCGAGCGCGUGCGAGGCGUCGUCAGUGUCACCGUGCAGGAAGGCAAAGUCACCUGCCUCCGUGUCUCAGACGCCGUGCAGUUCAGCGAUGCCAACUCCAUCCUGCGUUACCUAGCCCGUUCGGCUCCUGCCCUGACUCUCUACGGCUCCGGAGUGCUGGAGGAGGCAGAGGUGGACCACUGGUUAGAGUUCGGUGCCCGUCGUGUCUCCGGUCAAUCGCCCUUGACCCCUGUCUUGGAGGAGCUGGACAAGGCUUUGGCGCUACGCACCUUUCUUGUGGGCCAUAGCUUGACCCUCGCUGACCUCUCUGUGUGGGCGGCUCUCAAAGAAAGUGGAGAUUGGCAGGCUGUCCAGGCCAGUGCGGACUCCUUCCCCCAUGUCCGUCGCUGGUUCUCCUUUCUGUGCUCCCAGUCUCCCUUCUCCACUCUGGCGGUCAAGUCUGCCAGCACCAAGGCUGCCCCUGGCAACGGCGUGGGAGAUAAGGAGAAGAAGCAGGAUGUCGGGAAGUUUGUGGAUCUCCCUGGUGCCGAGGUGGGAAAGGUGAUCGUCCGGUUUCCUCCUGAAGCCAGCGGAUACCUGCACAUUGGGCACGCCAAGGCCGCCCUCCUCAACCAGCACUACCAGGUGACGUUUAAGGGCAAGCUUAUCAUGCGCUUUGACGACACCAACCCCGAGAAGGAGAAGGAGGACUUCGAGAAGGUGAUCCUGGAGGAUGUGGCCAUGCUGCAGAUCAAGCCCGAUCAGUUCACAUACACCAGUGAUCACUUCCCCGCCAUCCUGCGGCUGGGCGAGCAGCUGCUCCGCCAGGGCAAGGCCUACGUGGAUGACACGGCGCCUGACGUCAUGAAGCAGGAGCGCGAGCAGAGGCUGGAGUCCCGUAACCGUGCCAACUCGGUGGAAAAGAACAUGAAGAUGUGGGAGGAGAUGAAGGCAGGUACCGAGCUUGGGCAGACCUGCUGCAUGAGGGCCAAGAUUGACAUGAACUCCAACAACGGCUGCCUGCGCGACCCCACACUGUUCCGGUGCAAGGACAAGCCGCACCCGCGGACAGGCAGCACUUACAAAGUGUACCCCACCUACGACUUCGCCUGCCCCAUCGUAGACAGUGUGGAGGGGGUGACCCAUGCCCUGCGUACCACCGAGUACCACGACCGCGACGAGCAAUAUUACUGGAUGAUCGAGGCCCUGGGCCUCCGCCGGCCCUACGUGUGGGAGUAUGCCCGCCUCAACCUCAACAACACGGUCCUGUCCAAGCGCAAGCUCACUUGGUUCGUGGACCAGGGCCUGGUGGAUGGCUGGGAUGACCCACGCUUCCCCACGGUCCGGGGCGUCCUUCGCAGAGGGAUGACCGUCGAGGGCCUGAAGCAGUUCAUCGCAGCGCAGGGUGGAUCCAGGUCUGUGGUCAACAUGGAGUGGGACAAGAUCUGGGCCUUCAACAAGAAGGUGAUCGACCCUGUGGCCCCCAGGUACACCUCUCUCCUGAAAUCCCACGCUGUGCUCGUCUCCAUCCCCGAGGCCAAGGAGGAGAUGAAGGAGGCGGCCAAGCACCCCAAGAACGCCGACGUGGGGGUGAAGCCCGUGUGGUACGGACCCAGGGUGCUGGUCGAGGGCGCUGAUGCCGAGACCUUCAGCGAGGGGGAGACCGUCACCUUCAUCAACUGGGGCAACCUGGUCAUCACCAAGAUCCACAGAGAUGCCAGCGGUGCCGUCUCAUCUCUGGAAGCCCGUCUGGACCUGGAGAACAAGGACUACAAGAAGACCACCAAGAUCACGUGGCUGGCGGACACGCCCCAGGCCCCGCUGGUGCCGGCCAUCUGCGUGAACUACCAGCACCUCAUCUCCAAACCCGUGCUGGGUAAGGAUGACGACUUCAAGGAUUACAUCAACCGGAACAGCAAGCUGGAGGAGCAAAUGUUAGGAGAUCCUUGUCUGAAGGACCUGAAGAAAGGUGACAUCAUUCAGCUGCAGAGGAGGGGCUUCUAUAUCUGUGACCAGCCGUAUGAGCCAACCAGUCCCUACAGCUGCCAGGAGAGCCCGUGCAUCCUGCUCUAUAUCCCCGAUGGACACACCAAGGACAUGCCCACUGCUGGGUCCAAGGACAAAAGCAAGGGCCAGGCUGUCAGCAAGCCAGUGAAGGCCGCCCCCUCCUCCCAGGCCGCCCCCUCCCCCCAGGCCGCCCCCUCCUCCCAGGCCGCCCCCUCCCCCAGCAAAGACGCGGCUUCUGUGGUCUCCGCUGUGGUAGCCCAGGGUGAGGCUGUGCGCCAGCUCAAGGCCAGCAAGGCCCCCAAGGACCAGGUGGAGCAGGCGGUGAAACAGCUGCUGGCCCUGAAGGAGGAGUUCAAGAAGGUGACAGGACAGGAGUACAAACCGGGCAUGAGCCCACCCAGCUCCUCCCAGCCACAGACCAGCGGCACCAACCCCGUCCCAGCAAGCCAUGCUGCCGGCUGCCCGUAUACACGUGUUGCCCAGCAGGGUGAGGUAGUGAGGAAGCUGAAGGUGGAGAAAGCUCCCAAGGAAAAAAUCGAUGCUGCGGUGAAACAGCUGCUGACCUUGAAGGAGGAGUUCAAGAAGCUCACAGGACAGGAGUAUAAACCAGGCAUGGCGCCACCCAGCCCCGCCCCUGGAACCACCUCAUUGGAUGCUGUGGGUCUGUACCAUCGUGUCGCCGAACAGGGGGAGACCGUUAGGAAGCUGAAAGCUGAGAAAGCUCCUAAGGAUCAAAUUGAUGUUGCCGUUAAGCAGCUCUUGACUCUUAAAGCGGAGUUUAAGGAGCAAACUGGACAAGAAUACAAACCCGGCAUGGCACUUCCAGCAGGCUCGACCUCUGCCAGUGUGGACAGUCCUCCAGUGAAGUGCAGCUCUGUCUCGCCCGACACCCAGGCACUGUUUACACAGGUCGCCCAGCAGGGGGAGUUGGUGAGGACACUGAAGUCAGAGAAGGCCUCUAAGGACCAGAUAGACGGUGCAGUGAAGAGGCUACUGGAGCUGAAGGCAGAGUACAAAACGCUGACCGGUGUGGAGUACCAGCCUGUGGCAGCCACAGGGACCACCGGGGACAAGGACAAGGGCCGCAAGGACCGGGAGAACAAGUCGGAGAAGCAGGGCGGGGGCGGGAGUGGCGGGCGGAAGCAGAAGGGAGCAGACAAGCAGCCCCAAGGCCAAGAGUCCAACUCGGGAGGAGCUGGUGGGGCCGGGGAUGGGCAGGGCCCCAAGAAACAGACCCGGUUGGGUCUAGAAGCGAAGAAGGAGGAGAACCUGGCGGACUGGUACUCCCAGGUCAUCACCAAGGCUGAGAUGAUCGAGUACUACGACGUGAGCGGCUGCUACGUGCUGAGACCCUGGGCCUAUUCCAUCUGGGAAGCCAUUAAAGAGUUCUUCGACAGGGAGAUCAAGAAACUGGGCGUGGAGAACUGCUACUUCCCCAUGUUCGUCUCACAGGCGGCGCUGGAGAAGGAGAAGACCCACAUUGCUGACUUUGCCCCAGAGGUGGCGUGGGUGACCCGGUCGGGGAAGACCGAGCUGGCGGAGCCCAUCGCGGUCCGGCCCACCAGUGAGACAGUGAUGUACCCUGCGUAUGCCAAGUGGGUGCAGUCACACAGAGAUCUGCCCAUCAAGCUCAACCAGUGGUGCAACGUUGUGAGAUGGGAGUUCAAACACCCCCAGCCCUUCCUGCGGACUCGGGAGUUCCUCUGGCAGGAAGGGCACACCGCCUUUGCCACCAAGGAGGAGGCGACAGAGGAGGUGCUGCAGAUCUUGGAUCUGUACGCGCGUGUCUAUGAGGAGCUGAUGGCCAUCCCCGUGGUGAAGGGCCGCAAGACCGAGAAGGAGAAGUUCGCUGGAGGAGACUACACCACCACGGUGGAGGCCUUUAUCUCCGCCAGCGGCAGAGCCGUUCAGGGAGCCACCUCCCACCACCUCGGCCAGAACUUCUCCCGGAUGUUCGAGAUCAUGUUUGAGGACCCGAAGAAGCCCGGAGAGAAGCAGCUGGCCUACCAGAACUCAUGGGGGAUCACGACCCGUACCAUCGGUGUCCUGACCAUGGUGCACGGGGACAACCAAGGGCUGGUGCUGCCCCCGAGGGUGGCCUGUCUGCAGGUUAUCAUCAUCCCCUGUGGCAUCACAGCCUCACUGGCUGAAGCUGAGAAGGAGGCCCUACUCGCCCAGUGCUCCAGGUACCUCUCGCAGCUGCAGAAGAGCGGUUUUAGGGUCAAGGCUGACCUGCGGGACAACUACUCCCCUGGCUGGAAGUUCAACCACUGGGAGCUGAAGGGGGUUCCCGUACGCCUAGAGGUGGGACCCAAGGACCUAAAGCAGGGCCAGUGUGUGGCAGUGAGGAGGGACACUGGGGAGAAGCUCACCCUGCCUGAGGCUACGGUGGGGAGCCGGCUGACGCAGCUCCUGGAGGACAUCCAGAACAACCUCUUUCAGAGGGCUUCAGAUGACCUGAAGAAGCACAUGGUGGUGGCUGACAGCAUGGAGCAGUUCCAGAAAGAUCUGGACCAGGGCAAGAUCGCACAGAUCCCCUUCUGUGGUCGUAUUGAGUGUGAGGACUGGAUUAAGAAGACCACUACCAAGGAGCAGGACCUGGAGCCCGGGGCCCCCUCUAUGGGUGCCAAGAGUCUCUGCAUUCCUUUCCAGCCCCUGAAGACACUGCAGGCCGGCCAGCUGUGCGUGAGCGGCAAGGAGCCUGCCCAGUUCUACACGCUGUUUGGCCGCAGUUACUGAGGCAGAGUAGAGUGGUGGGCGUCUAGCGCCCCCUGUCCUUCUCUUAACCCCCACACACACACACACACACACACACACACACACACACACACCCUACAGACAAUUUGGUGUGACUGUAACAACAACCCUCCACUUCUCACCUAGGUCAGGUCCUCAUUGUAGUCCUCUAACCCUGCGAUUAGACCCCCCCCCCCACCUGUGAUUCUCAGGACUGUACAGCUCAAUGUAGGAGGGGCCCACAAGCGAGAGGGGAGAAACUGCAGUUUCCAUUGACCAAUAAUCCAUGUGCAGGGUCUUAUCUGCUGGACUGCUGAGAGGACAGAGGAGGCCCUGUCUGUGAUGUCCUGCACUCUGUCACUAGAUGUGCCAUUUCCCUCAUAGUACAUUAACUCAUAACGCUGGAGUCAGCCAAGAAUCUGUUACGUUGUAGGACCGACGUGUAAUAAAUUGAUUCUCUGUA